AUGAUUAAAGUACAAGAGCCAGGCAUAGAUUGUAAUCAAUCAUGGUUACUUUUAGGUUUAAAACAACGUGGUUUUGGUAAAGGUCGAUGGAAUGGAUUCGGUGGUAAAGUUCAAUCGGAUGAUGUCAACGCAAAAGCUGCUGCACUUCGUGAAUUGAAUGAAGAGUCCGGUUUAACAAUUGAUGAGUCAUUAGUUGAAGAAGUUGGUCGUUUAUGGUUUACUUUCAAUGAGACAUCAGAGUGUAUGGAAGCACAUGUAUUUAUUUGUAGAACAUGGACACCAACAAUCAAUAAUGAUCAUACAUAUCAAUGGCCUUGUUACACAGAAGAAAUGCAUCCAGCUUGGUUUCCACUCAAUACAAUGAAUAAAGAUACUAUUACUACUACUACUACUACUACUACUAAUACAAUGAAUAUAUUCAAUUUACCAUGGAAUCAUAUGUGGCCUGAUGAUUGUUUAUGGUUGCCUGAAAUACUUGAAGGUAGACUUAUUCUUGCAUGGUUUCAUUAUCUUCCAAUUUCUAAUUCAUCCAGUGUGAAUAAUGAAAAUCUAAUUGAUUGUUCAACAGAAACAAAUGGUAUCUUAAUUGAUCUAUAUGAAAUACCAGCUUAUCAUUUAGAAUCAUUUAAUACUACUACUACUACUCCUACUACUACCAAUGAUUCAAAUCAAUUAUUAUCUAUUGAUAAAAAUAAUCAUUCAAAAUUCUUGUGUACUACUACUACUACUACUACUACACUUCAACAAAUUAUUGAUCUGUUCGAAUUAGACACAAGUGAUCAUCAAUUACGGCUAUGGAUGAGUUCAUUGUUGUAUAAUACUACUACUACUACUACUACUACUAAUAAUAAUAAUAAUAAUAAUAAUAAUAAUAAUAAUCAUGAAUCUGAUGUUAUACAACAACAACAACCACUAGCACUACUACUCCCUUCAAUCACUCACAAAAUUCUACAUCAUCCAUCUUGUUAG